GCCACCUUAUGUAAAAGCGGAGCGUCCUUGACGGCUGUUGAAGAUCUAAGGGAUGGAGGUCGCUGUCGCCCAGAACGGCUUAGCGCGAACGAUUGCGUGAUUACCCAACGUAGAAGGCAGCACCACGUUGGAGUCGCAACUGCGCGUCAAGAUCGCACUUUCCCCACAUAGCAAGCGCUCUUACUAUCUAUAAAGCCCUGUCCGCCCUCACUCUCACUCUCACUUCGAGCUCGAUCAACCAGUCUUUCACCGAUUUUCUUUGACACUUGCUCGCACCUAUAUAACUGCCACCGCCCACAACUUCCACUCACCUUCCGUUCACCUUUUCCAUCUUCAACUCCCAUCUCCAACUUUCCCACCCCUCACACGACACUAUUUCCCCCAGAACCCAGGCUUUGACAGUCCCUCAACUCAGAUCAAGAUGGCUCCCAGUAUCUUGCUGGAGCCGGAGGAGCCGCCAUCCUACUCUCACCCACUAAAGCAGACGUCAAAGACGCACGGCAACGUCUCGCUCGAGGCUCACACUCACGCUGACGGCAACGUCUCGUUCGAAUCCUCUCCUACUAAUGGCAGUGGCCCCGUUAACGGCAGUAAUGGCGCCACGAACGGCAACGGACAUCCACAGCGCCAAUUAGACGGAAGGGAUUUCAUUACUUCUCAGUCUCUCCUUCAACAGUCAAACGCCUAUGCGUCCGGCAACCAGCGAUCAAAUGGAGCCUCGAAGAAGCCCAAUAUUCUGUACAUCAUGGCUGAUCAGAUGGCCGCUCCACUUCAGAAGUUCAACGACCCAAAUUCGGUCAUCAAGACACCCAACCUCGAUGAGCUUGCCCGGACUGGAGUCAAUUUCUCCAGCGCCUAUUGCAACUCUCCGCUAUGCGCGCCAUCUAGGUUCACCAUGUGCACUGGACAACUUCCGUCCAAGAUUGGUGGGUACGACAAUGCCUCGAUCCUUGGUCCUGAGGUACCUACGUACGCGCACUACCUUCGAAGAGAAGGUUAUGAGACCGCUCUUGCAGGCAAGAUGCACUUCAUUGGGCCGGACCAGCUUCACGGAUUUGAACACAGACUCACUUCCGAUAUCUAUCCCGGUGACCUUGGUUGGGCUGUCAACUGGGAUAAGCCAGAAGAGCGCCAGGAGUGGUACCACAACAUGUCCUCGGUCAUGCAAGCAGGUCCAUGCGUGCGAUCUAAUCAACUUGACUAUGACGAAGACGUCAUGUACAAGGCUCAACAAUACUUGUACGACUAUGUACGGUCAGACCCGGAGACUCGUCGGCCUUUUGCCCUCACGAUCUCCUUGACACAUCCUCAUGAUCCGUAUACCAUGAUACGGGAGUACUGGGACCGUUACGAGGGCGUCGACAUCCCUUUGCCCAAGACGGAAAUUGCGCAAGAGGACCAAGACUCCCACUCCCGGCGACUCUUGAAGACCAUCGAUCUUUGGGACAACCCAGUCCCCGAUGAGGCAAAGAUCCGUGCUCGUCGCGCCUACUUCGCUGCCUGUAGCUUUGUCGACGAUCAGGUCGGAAAGCUUGUAAAGCUUCUCAAGAACUGCUAUCUCGACCAAGACACUGUCAUUGUAUUCUCCGGAGACCAUGGCGACAUGCUUGGCGAGCGCAGCCUUUGGUAUAAAAUGUCCUGGUUUGAGAACAGCGCACGGGUACCUAUGAUCAUCAACUGCCCCUCCAAAUUCGAACCCAAGCAGGUGAAAGAAUCGGUUUCCACGAUGGACCUCCUUCCAACUUUUGUUGGCCUGGCUGGAGGAGAUGCAUCGGCAAUACUACCUAUUGAUGGUGUUAGCCUUUACGAGUACCUCGUGUCGGACAAACCUGGGAAGGAUGAAGUGUUUGGCGAGUAUAUGGGAGAAGGCACAGUCACGCCCACGUACAUGAUCCGACGCAACCAGUGGAAAUACACCUAUUCGCUGGUCGACGCCCCGCAGCUGUUCGACCUGGUCAAUGACCCACAUGAGCUGAACGACCUCGCUACUUCUCAGAAGCCACACUACCAGAAGGUUCUAGCUGAGUUCCAGGCCGAGGCCGAUGCAAAGUGGGACUUCCAGCAGAUUCAUAAGGAUGUCUUGAAAAGCCAACGCAUGCGACAAAUCGCCUGGAGCGCUCUGCAGAUUGGCCGCAAGGAAACUUGGGACUACCAGCCACCUUAUAACGAUAAGGACCGCUUCAUCCGCUCUCACAUCCCUCUGGAUGAUCUUGAGCGCCGCGCUCGCUUCCCGGUCGUAGACCACAUAGGUCGCGAGAAGACGGCUAGUGCCUCCCAUCACGGCGUCGCUGGGGCUUACGGCGAGUAACACCGCUACCCUUUUCCUACAUUGGCUGUCGCACGUCUUGCCCGACUAUUCACGAAGUUUUGCUACUCACGAUAUCAUGAACUUAUGGCGGAUGCUAUGCAUUUAAUUUACUAAAAGCGAGCGGCAUUGCCAAUUUGAUUUACAGCAGGAUGCAAGGCGUUGGGCGACAUUGAAUUCUGUGUAUAAUAGAUAAGACUGCAAAUAGGGAAAAGUCUCGGUGUACACCAAAUGAAAAUAUACAAGUGUAAACAGCAGU